CAUGUACCACUGGUAGAUCUCGAAUGCUACAUUGACCGUGCAAAGCGCAAGGCUGCGCCUGUCCCACAAGUCCCCAUAGAGCCCAAGCACGUAACCCUGCAGAAAGGAAUGGAGAUACACUUCCGUCUAAAAUCUGACCUAGCAAACGCACAAGACGCGCUUCCGCUACAUCAAGGGUUGCUGAAGGCACUCAGCUGGGCCCACCCUCCGAUGUACGCACACAAGCCCUUGGACCACGCCAGAAUCAGCUCCAUACACUCUUGGAACAAGGCAGGGCACGAACGCAUGAUCCAGAGGUAUCAGGCGCUGAUACGCUUACAUACGGAAAUGAUGGAAAAUCACCUCAAACUGGCUGAGGAGCAUGACAAAAUUGGAGAGGACAUCAAGGCAGUGAUCGCUGCGGAAGUGACUGGUGACACGAAUGUGGCCGAAAGUUCAGGUUGGAAAAGGACGAAGGAGGUACGAGAAAACGAAAAAAGGGGUGAAGAAGGACGCGUGCAAGCAGUUAACGACGGCCCGGAGGCUGGAGAUCAACUUAUAGAGGAUCAGACCAUGCUGUUGGGCCAUUCGGAAGCUUAGUGGAAGCCGCCAGAACCACCGUCAGCAAAAGGUAAGGAGAACAAAAACGCAACUGCACAACCAGCACAAGUACCUCCAGAGAUACCAGAAUAGCUUACACAGAGUCUAGUCAUGCCCUUGGACCAGGUCGGUUUUCGGAAUGGUCACUGAGGAUCUUGAUCAGGGAAGCUGUGUCUGUCCCUGUCCCUGACGAGGUGUGGAUUCCAACCAGUGCUUUGCUCAACA